CCCUUGGGUCAUGCCGUCAUUCCGACGAACCGUACCGUACCGUCAACACGCGCGCACGCCGUCCGCACUACAACGAUCACGUUCCGCUGUCGUAUUAUUAUUUCGGUUAUUUGCUGUUCGCCGAGUGCCCGUGUCGUUUCUCAUCGUAUUAUUGUUUCGCUAGCCGACAUGCGUCCAGUCGCCGAACUCAGACCGUCUUACCGGGUGCAGAUGCACAUGAUGCAGCAGCGACAACAACAGCAACAGCAACAUAACCAGCAGCUCGGCUCCUCCGAGUUCGACGAACAACCCGUGUCCCGGACUUAUCAGUACAGAAAGGUUAUGAAACCGCUUUUGGAACGGAAACGCCGCGCUCGCAUCAACCGGUGCCUGGACGAACUCAAGGACCUGAUGGUGGUGACGCUGCAGGCCGAGGGUGAGAACGUGAGCAAGCUGGAGAAGGCCGACAUACUGGAGCUGACGGUGCGCCACUUGCACAAACUGAAGCAGCACAACGCGCUCGGCGUCGGGGCCGUGGACGCCGUGUACGCGGACAAGUUCCGCGCCGGUUUCGCGCACUGCGCCACCGAGGUGUCCAACUACCUGACGGCCGACGUCCGCGCGCCGCCCGUCGACCCGUCCGCCGGCGUCAAGCUGCUCCACCAUCUGGGCGCGUGCAUGCGCAAGAUUGACGUGGACACUGGCAGCAGCCCGCCGCCGCGGUCCGUCACCACUGCCACAGCGAACACAGCCGACCAGUACAGGCCGUACACGCCACCGUCGACGCCGGGUAGCGAGCUCAAGGACGACCCGAAUUCUGUCUGGAGGCCGUGGUGAGCCAGGCUGCUCCGAGACGCCACCGGACAGCACCCUAGUCCGGCGACAAGACUGACUGAUUGAUGAUGAUAUCGCUUGAGUGCGCAUUUGUACGCCGCGGAUAGUGCGCCGCCGCUAUCGCCGUGUACCGGUUACAUAAGUGUGUUACGAGUUAAGAUCGUUUGUUAUUUUCCAGCUUUAUUGUAUUUUUUUUACUAUGUUUUCGUUGGUUUCAUUUUGUUCUGGUUUGAUUUUAAUUUUUGUUUACUAUUUAUACGCAUUCAUGUCGUUUAUAAUGUAUUUAACGGUCGAGGACAGCUAUAAGCCAAAAAAAAAAAAAAAACAGAAAAAACAAAUUUAAUGGUUUUUUCUUUGUACAGCAAUGGAAUAGAAUUUUAGACAUUUACUAUUAGUUUAUUUUUUUCUGUAAACCGUAUUUAAAAAUGUGUAAUACGGAUAUAAAUGAUAUAUUUGUAUGAAAAAUGCAUAAGAAAUAAGCGUGAUCUGUGAUAUUAUGUGUUUUACGAGAAUAAAUUAAGUUAUUUAAACAUAUAAAA